CUGGUACUAUAAAUUAGCUUCCUCUCUUCUUCUUUUUAUCAUGAGCGCUACUAUUAUAAGUAGCUCUCUCUUCACCGAUCGAAUUAGAUCCCCACAUACAUACACAGACUCACCUACAGAAGCAAACACUCGCGAUUAUGGCCGCCAUAGCAAUGCAUUUUUUUCUCUUCCAACUCAUCAUGUUUCUAUUCAACUUACGUCUUCAUGGCGUUUAUGGAGACUACGGUGGCUGGCACAGCGCCCACGCUACGUUUUACGGCGGCAGUGACGCUUCUGGCACAAUGGGGGGAGCAUGCGGAUAUGGCAACUUGUACAGCCAAGGAUAUGGGAUUAGCACUGCAGCUCUAAGCACUGUUCUAUUCAACAAUGGCUUCAGCUGCGGAGCUUGUUACCAAUUGAGAUGCAAUGACGACCCCAAAUGGUGCCUCCCCGGCACCAUCACCGUCACUGCCACCAACUUUUGCCCUCCUAACUAUGCUCUCUCUAACGACAAUGGUGGCUGGUGCAACCCCCCUCUACAACACUUCGAUUUGGCAGAGCCUGCUUUCUUGCGCAUUGCUAAGUAUCGAGCUGGAAUCGUGCCCGUAGUCUUCAGAAGGAUCCCGUGUGUGAAGAAAGGAGGCAUAAGGUUCACCAUCAAUGGCCAUUCUUACUUCAACUUGGUACUGAUAACAAAUGUUGGGGGUGCUGGCGAUGUCCGGACGGUGUCAAUCAAGGGGUCGAAGACAGGAUGGAAAACCAUGUCAAGAAAUUGGGGCCAGAAUUGGCAGAGCAAUUCAUACCUCAAUGGCCAGAGCCUCUCCUUCGAGGUCACCACCAGUGAUGGCAGGACCGUCACUAGCUACGAUGUUGCGCCGUCCGGUUGGGAAUUCGGACAGACCUUCGAAGGAAACCAGGUACCCCUGCGAAACUGAAUGUUGAUGAAAACUUGUUUAAAGAGUACCGAAGAGAGAGUACACAUAUAAUUGGUAAGUUAAUGCCGAGGGGACAAAAAGCCUGGCUCAUGCUAGGCUUGUUUAUAACAUAAAAAUAAAAAUCUGUAGCUUGGUUGAAACUGAGUGUUGAGUUAAAUAAGUAUCUUCAAUUUCAUCCACCUGAAUUUUGAAUUGGAAAAUUCUAUAUACCAUACUACCAUCUUAUUUCCAUCUCACUAAAUAUGAUAUGACACAUUUAUCAUUAUUAAAUGAUAAUUUAUUGUAUACUUUUUUAUCAUCUAAUGGUAAUGAAUAUGCUACAUAUCACUUAGUAUGAUUAAAAUAAGAUGAGAGUGUGGUAUACCAUUACUCGAAUUGAAUUAUAUUACAAUUAUUAGGAUGCAAUCUUCUUCUUCCUCUUCCCCUCCUCCUACUCCUCUGUUUAUGCUAUAUUUAAGUGUGAGAGGGAUGGUCCAGUUUCCUAAAA